AUGUUUGAGUCGACGACGACCCCCCCCAUCCCGCCUGACGCCGUCGCGCUGGGGUUCCCCGCAGGACAGGCCAUGCUGAACGCGUCCCUAGGAGUCGUGACAUCCACAGCAGCAGCCGCUGGUGCAGGCAUGACUGUGACGGUGACUUACAACAUCCUUGUCUUUCCGGUUGACACCACCACCGUCACCACUGCCAGUGCCGGUGCUGGCAUUGGCAGCACUGGUAGCACUACCAGUAUUGGCAGCACCGGCAGCAGCGGCAGCACCGGCAGCACCGGCAGCACCGGCAGCACCGGCAGCACCGGCAGCACCGGCAGCAGCGGCAACAACGGCAGCAGCGGCAGCAACGGCAGCAGCGGCAGCGGGGGCACUGGAAGCACUGCUAGCACCGGUAACACUGGAUCCACUGGUGGCGCUACCAGUACCGGCAGCACUGGUAACACCGACAGCAGCAGCGGCACCUCAAGCAGCACGGGCAGCACCACCACAAGCAGCACGGGCAGCACAGGCAGCAGUACUGAUACCGGCAGCAGCGGCAGCACUGGCAGCACCGGAAGCAGCGGUUGUAGCGGUUGUAGCGGGAGCACCAGUAGCAGCAGCAGCAGCGCUGUUAGCACCACAAGCAGUGGGAAUGCAACUCUCAACACAGCAAAGGAUACCACCAGCAGCAGCAAUACUGCCACAGCUUCAGCUUCAGGUGCAACUUCAGCCUUAGCUUCUGGGUCUCCUGUCUCUCCCAAUCCAUCCUCGUCCCAGACUUUUUCCAUAGCUGCAGUUUCCGGCAGCAGCAGUGCUGCCAGCUCAGCAGGAAGCGGAGGCUCGACAGUGGCUCAGGGAAUGCAGUUGCUUCAACCCUUCACACCUGCCCGAUGGUUCUUAACCGGUCCUGAUGCCCGGGCUGCUGCCGCUGCCACUGGCAGCGCCGGUGCAGCUUCUGCACCUGCCAUGUCAGCUUCCAAGUCAGUUGCCACGUCAGCUUCGAAAUCAGCGUCGAAAUUCGCUGCAGCAGCGACAGGGGCAGCGACAGGGGCAUCGGCAGGGGGCGCAACGAAUGGCGGCGUGACGAAUGGCGGCGUGCCGUCUGCCACUCCGCAGUGCCAGGAGGGGCCGUAUGUGAGCGCUGCAUUAGUCCCUCUUGGCAAGUGCAAAGUAAAAGCCACUGCUACCUCCAAACUUGUCAGGAUAAGCAACGCUUGGUAUGCCAAGUUGUCAUAUGGGGAACCAUCCGCUUCCAGAUCAUCCUCCGUGAUCUAUGUUGGCUGUCAACGGAAAUAUUCUUUUCAGGUGCCCAAUUUCCAAGGGCAGGUGCGCCAGGGCCCAGUCACACUGCGCGUGUGCCAGGCGGGCACGGCUAAAGCCUCCACUUGUGGACCAGUUACCAUGACUUCAGCAGUACCAUACUGUGGCUAG